AACAAUGUCGACCACCAAAACACAGCUGCCGCGCCGCGCGCCUCUCUCCACCAGGAACCGAACAGAACCGAGCAAAUGAAAACAAAAUCGCGUCGCCCUGCUGCUGCGUGUGCGAUCCAGAGCAUUUAGAGGUGGAUAUGGCUGCGCAAGAACCCUCUCCCCCGUCCUCCAUGGAGAACAACAAGCCAGGGUUCCCAAAGAAGAUUCUGGCCAACAAACUUGAAGACAAACAUUUAUGCAACUGCUGUCAGAACAUUUUGAGAAGACCGUUCCAAGCUCAGUGCGGCCAUCGCUUCUGUUCUUACUGCUUCAACCGGACUGUUGGAUCUGGACCACAGAAAUGUAAUGCUUGUAUCAAAGAGGACAUCUUUGAAGAGCCCACAUCUAUUCUCAAACAAGGCUGUGCGUUUCCUGAUAAUGCUGCCAGGAGAGAAGUUGAAAAUCUUCCUGCUGUGUGCAUCAAUGAAGGUUGCUCCUGGAAAGGCAGCAUAAAAGAUUAUGAGUUGAACCAUGAGGGCAAAUGUGAGUUCAUGAUUCUGCCGUGUCCCUUGUGCAAAGAGCUCAUCAGACUUAAUGAACAGGAGCGUCAUAACGAGCGUGAAUGCCCCGAGAGGACGCUCAACUGUAAAUACUGUAAAGAGCCAUUUCACUUCAAAAACAUCAAGGCACAUGAUGAAAUCUGUCCCAAAUACCCCAUGAUUUGUGAAGGAUGUGCGAAGAAGAAAAUCCCCAGGGAGAAGUACGUUGACCACAUCAAGUUCUGCAGCAAAUUCAGAACUCCAUGCAGAUAUCAUGUGGUUGGCUGUGACAUGUCAGUUGAGAAGGAGAAGAUCCAUGACCACGAGCGCGCAUGUGCUCACGAGCAUCUCAACAUGCUGUUGCACUACAUCAUGAGUAUGAAGGUUAGUCUGGAAGGUCUGCAGCCCCAAACUCUAGAGCUGGCCGGUCACAAAGCACACGAGCUUCACCAGGCGCUUCGAGACCUGGAAGCCCGAGUCAGUCAGCUGAGCGUCAUCCCUGGCCCGACCGGGCCUCCCGUGCAGGGGGUCCCCUCCUCUUCAUCCUCGUCCUCCUCUGCAUCCGCCGCGGUGCUGUCACCUCCUCCACCGACCGCUGCCACCCUGCCCACCUCUUUCACACCUCUACCCAGCUCGGUGGGCGCGGCGCUGGAGCUCCAGCUCCACAGCGAGAAGACCAAAGUGGCGGAGUUGGGCCGGCGCUGCCAAGAGCUGGAGGUGAAGGCCGGGACGUUCGAAGACGUGGUGUGCGUGCUGAAUCGUGAAGUGGAACGCUUCGCAACCACCAUGGAAGCCAGUAACCGCCAACACAGACUUGAUCAGGAUAAAAUCGAGGCACUCAGUAACAAGGUGCGACAGCUGGAACGGCAGGUGGGUGUUAAAGACCUGACUGUUGCUGAAAUGGAGGGUAGAUUACGAGAGAUGUCCGCCACGACCUAUGAUGGUGUGUUUAUCUGGCGAAUAUCAGAUUAUACAAAAAAGAGGCAAGAUGCCAUCGCUGGACGAGCGCCUGCCAUGUUCUCACCUGCAUUUUACACAAGCAAGUACGGCUAUAAGAUGUGUCUACGUAUUUACCUGAACGGGGACGGGACGGGUCGUGGGAGUCAUCUCUCGCUGUUCUUUGUAGUGAUGAGGGGAAUGAGUGAUGCUCUGCUCAAAUGGCCCUUCAACCAGAAGGUAACUCUAAUGCUGCUGGACCAGAGUAACAGAGAGCACAUCAUCGAUGCGUUCCGUCCUGACAUCACUUCCUCCUCAUUCCAGAGGCCAGUCAGCGACAUGAACAUCGCAAGCGGCUGCCCGCUCUUCUGCCCGCUGUCCAAGCUGGAGGGCAAGAACUCAUACGUCCGCGAUGACACCAUCUUCAUCAAAGCUAUUGUGGAUCUCACUGGCCUUUAGUUUCUGUUCGGUCGGUUCUUGCGUUUGCACACUGCCUCUCUGAUGCGGGAUCCCAUUUCCAUGCUGCUUUACGCCAGUGGGUGAUUUAUUCCAUAAUGUCUGUUUUGACAUGCUUCCCUGCAUGUGUUAAGCUGCCACAAAAUGUUGCAUACUUGCUGUAUGUGUAUGAGAAAUAUAAAUGGUACAGCUGCAUUGUUCCAAAAGGGGACAGUAGAGGUUUACGUAGCAAAAUGGUCACGAAACACUGGAAUGAACGUGAAGUCCGGUCCAGUUACAAAGGCUAUAUACGGAAUAGCAUACUACCAUAUUACUCAUACUUUGUCUACAAUAUAUAGUAUGUAUACUGUGCAUAGUAUGCAAAGUUUUUGAUGACCUAAUGCAUUUGCCAGUAAAUGCAGAAUACAGCUGCGAUUUCUUUCUGUAUUAUGUGAUCAGAAGGUCAAGACGUUUUCACACAAAAUUGGAUUAAAAAUGCGAAAUAACGAUUACUCGUUCGCUCGAAUAACUCGAUGCCACUUGCGUAAAAACAUGCACACAAUGGGCCUCAUUCAUGACAGAAUACGAGAAGAACUAAUUUUUGUGUAAAUCGUAAAGGCGUUCUGACGUAUAUUUUCUGAUUCAUGAAAGUUUUCGUAUUUUCAAAAAGGUUAGUUGGUACGAACAAAAUUUACACUUGCUCCCGACCAUGUGUACAUCGUGCUUGUGACAUCCGAAUGUUUUAUGUUCUUUCAGGCAAACUGACAUGACUACAUUUUGAACUAAAAUUAAAUAAGUAAUGAAAAAAAUUACUUAUAAUUAAAUUAGUGAAAUUAACCUUAAAAAAUAGCAUUAAAAAAAAAACAAAAAAAAAAAAAACGUUUAUUUAGAAACGUUUCUUUGCUGCUUGUAUUUAUUUUUAAAAGUAGGCUAUAGUUUUUUCCCAAUAUGCUUUCCCAGCAGAAGUUCUUGACAUUGGAUGAAAUGGAAAGACACAUUUUGCGUUUGGUUUUCUCGAGAAAAAAAAUGAAUGCCCUCUAAAGUGACUGGCUAUUUUGUAUAUUUGAUAUGAGCUCGGCAUCGGUAUAUUGUGUUCAGUUGAUAAUGUGCGCACACUAUUGUUUAGCUUGCAAAUCUGUAAUAUCUUACAGCGUUUUGGUCAAAGACCUUCUUCAGGCAUUCUAUCAAUUUCUUUAAAGAUUUUUCCUGUUGCAAGGGAAAUUUAACUGUUACCAUCAUGAUUUACCUGAGAAGUUUUGCCACUGACGCUGGCGAUGCGCUCAACUGAACCAGAGAAGAUUAAAGAGCACCUAUUAUGGUUUUUCAAAUAUUACCUUUCAUGUAGUGUGUUACAUAGCUGUUUGUGAAUGUAAAAAAGUCUGAAGCGUUUCAAAAAUCAAAGUGCACGACAAAUGGAGUUAUUGACUCCCAAAAGAAAGAACCGAUUCUGAACAACCGAAACGAGUUGUUAGUAAUUCCAGACUUACUUCCUGUACUAACCUACGUAAUUUGGUAACACAAAACCAGCCUCUGGUCUUCAUUGGCUGCUCGCGAACAGCUUUGACCCGCCCUCAAACACUACACUAAACGGUAGACCAAUCACAACAGACUGGAACAUCUGACCAAUCAGAGCAGAGUAGGCUCUCUGAAAGGAGGAGUUUAGAAUGAAUCCUUUAGAACGGAUCACUGAACGAGUCGUUUUUGACACUGGGAAAAAAAGGUAAUGCUGCAAUUUAAAUUAUGAGCAAAUGAAAGUGUUUUUUGACCUUGGAUGCAUGUAAAUCUAUUGUAUGAGACCUUUAAAACAAAAUUAGGCACGUUUAAAAACCAUAAUAGGUGCUCUUUAAUGGUGGUGGACAUUCUCCUCCCGGCGUGAGCUGAACAUUGUUUUUACACUAAAGCUUCAUUUCAAACCAUUUUUAUUGACCUCUUGGACUGUUUAAUUGACAGAAGAACCUCCAAUGACAGCAAAAGCAUGCAAUGACUGUAAGUUCCUCGCUUUCUUUUUGGAACGAGCAUGUGAGUGUUUGAGAAAUCAAUAAUUUCCAAUAUGAAUGCAAUCCAUUUAAAAAAAAAUAAAUACAAAUAACUUUUAUUACUGUUCGCAUACAUGUUAAAAGCUUCCUAUUCUCAUUUACUAGCGAGUCUGAAGCUUUCCUUAUAUGGUGUUUCUAUGGGCGUGGAUUAUGAUAAUUGUGAAUGAAUGUGCACACGCCCCCUGUUUACAAAUGUUUGUAAUUCACUAACCUACACACGUUUUACUAACAAAUCUGGUGAGUAUGAAGCAUUUGUGAAUCCGGCAGAAAGUUUUCUGGAAGGUCCAUUUUACGUGCAAAUUACUCCGAAUUUACUCAUAUAUUUACGAAAGUUUCAUGAAAGAGGCCCAUUGUGGUCACGUGACAAUAAUAAUAAUAAAGUCAGUUGACAACAAUGUAGGGUUAAAGUGUUUAUAAUUGCAUAAUGCGUACUGUUUCACAUACUAUUUUUGAAAAAUAGUAAACCACAUUUAGUGUAUACUGUGUGAUUGUACUCCAUUCCGAAAAUAGCCAUAGUGUGCAUGAUCACAAUUCGUAACGUAUUUACACAACAUCGUAUUUACAGUUUAGCUGAAAUUAAGGAGACCAUGCAGGACUGCAAAAAUGCAUACAGUCGACAGAACACUAAUCUGUAGGAAGAAACGUCAAAUUUGAAACAUUAUCAAAUAUUUCAACGUUCGAGUUGUGUUCGGAUUUGUCAGGGAAGGUAAAAACAUACUCUCUGAACUUGAUCGACUUCGUUUACUUAGACACAUGCAUUGUUGGGUUAGUUACUCAAAAAAGUAAUCCACUACUAUUUACUUCUCUAAAAUAGCUGAUUACUUCAUCAGAAAAUAAUAACAUUACUAAUUACUUUACUUUUACAAUUUUACUGGAAAGUUUUUUUAUCUCAGCUUGACAAAUUCAAAACAAUGUCUAUAUGUCUCCCUUGUUUAUUGUCGUACACCGUUCGGUUGCAACAGAAACACAAGUGAAUCCAGAUUUGAAAUGUUAUACAUAAAAAAUAUUAUGUAACUCAAGUAAAAUACUUAAAAGUAAUUACCUUAAUUGAAAUGCAGUAACUGAUUACAAGAAUUACGCUACGUUUUAUUAAAGUAAUGAGAUUACAGUAAUAAAUUACUUUAUCAGAUUACACCCAACACUUUACAAAUAUUGUUUAAUUGUGCAAGUGUAGACAAAAUUCUCUGGAUUUAUUUUCCCCGUUUUCAGCGCCGAUUACAGGAAAAAUUCAUUUAAACAUGGUCAAAUAUGUUAAACAGAGUUGAGAUGAUCAAACUAGCCAAAACAUUGCAAAAACGUUCCUAAACAUACUUUAAACAACAUAAAUAAAGCAAAAUAUAGUGAGGUCAGUACUUAAAAAAACAACUGGCCAAUGGCAUAAGAAAAAUUAACUAAAUUUCAAAUAUAUAAAUAAGUCUAAAUUAAAGUAUAUUCUCUGAAAACAAGUCUUAAUAUCAUAUCAUUUUCGCUUCUGAGCUAAAUUCAUCUAGAUUUUAGGGAAUCAAGACAAAAAUACUGAUAAAGGUAAUGUAAACAAACACGCAAGGGAUUGGGCGAUUUGUAAAAUGUUUUGAAUGAUAGAUGUUCCAAUUCUGUGUGCAUUUUAGCAUUUUUUAAAAAUGCAGUUUGCAUGUAAAAGACCAUGAAAUGUGUCCGUGCUCUUUUCCUUGGAGCCUUCUUUACUAAGUGGAAUUUUUAAGGGUUCUUUCGGAGGGUCAAAGGGUUUUAAUUGUUUUAAGUAUAGUGAGAGUAAUGGUUGUGGAUUUCCUUUUAUCUGUGGAAGAUAGUUUGAAGUUUAAAGGUAAAAAUAUUUAAAAAAAAUCGUACAUGUCUGUAAUAUGGUUCGACGAGAAAAACUCGCCAGGAGGUUAUGAUGUUACAUUUUGUACAUUUAUAGGAAACAAUGGUCUUAUUACUUUUGUAUAUACAAAUAUUUAUACAGUUUACAUGAUACAUCAGAGCUUGAGUUUGCUUGCUGGUUUCAUGAAGCUCUAAUGUAAGUUUGUAUUAGUUUUAAAUUGUUCACACUGUCAAAUGACAUACAAGGCAGUUUGUGCAUUUUGUAGGUGAAAUUUAAAUUUUUGAGUGUUUACACACGACCAAGCGUUUGAAAUCUUUUGCUAUACAAUUGUCUUUUAUAUUUGGCAUUGGGGGGUAUAACUAUUAACUGUAAAUUAUCUGAAUCAAUUGAUUUUAAACCAGUUAUGACAACUAUUGAAACUUCUCUGUGCAUGGGAGGCGUCAAUCUGUGAAUGCACAUGAUAUUUAGCGCAAACAGUUUGCUCAUCCAGUGAAUGACGACACCACUGCAUACAUACAGUACAUUAGAAAUAAAUACAAUAAAUUAUAUAUUAAACAUAAUGAUUAUUAUUCUAUAUGACAGGCUGCUUCUGUCUAAACGGAAGCAGAUAUCUAUAUAUUUGUGCGUUAUAAAUAAACGAUCAAUAACCUUAUAAAACCACACACUCUCAAAAAGAGGAUCUUUAUACAGUAAAUGUCAGUUACAUCUAUUUUAUUAUAUUUAAUGCAUAUUAAUUAUAUAGCUGUACAUGUGCAGUCAUGGUGGUUUAUAAUCCGAAAUAACAAAUUAAUUUGUACAUGCAAUGCCUUGUAGUGCCCAAAAUCCGACCACUUGAAACAAUCUUUAAGCAGAAAUUUUUAAUUUCAAAGCUGAGGAUCUAAAUUGCAAUAUUGUUAAAGUUUGACUUCAGGGCGUUUAUUAAAGAAAGAAAUGAUAUCAGAUAUUAAAAUUGUAUGUUAUCCUGUGUAAAUGUGACAUUAUUUGUGCCAAAUAUUCAUAGUGAAGUGCUGUUAGAGGUAAUGGGGAAUGGUCUUGGUCUUUUAACGAAAACUGAUUGAAUGUGUGAAACUGAAAUUGUGCAAUUUAUAUAAAAAAGUACUGUACACUGAAAUGUUCUUCUUUUUCCCUUAGAUUGGACCAUUAUGUGAUUUGUGCCAAAUGUGAUUAUAUACACCUCAAAUUAUAUACCCUAAGAUUUGUAAAAUUCAUAAAA